UUCUCUCGGUGUCGUGGUGCCCUGGAAGUAAUUGCAUCUGUUCCGCGCGUUGUAAUUUAAACAGGAAAUAAGUAAUUGCCCAACUAUAAAGAGCUCAUUUUAAUAUCAAACCGUUUUUAACUGUUAACAAAAAUGACAACUGGCAAACAAACAACAGUUAACGGUAAAGUAAAGUGGAAUGUCAUUUCAGUAUUUGCUGUCAUCGAGGACUGACACGUAAAUGUUGUUUCUGUGAGAGAUGCGCAGGACGAAAAAUUUGGAAGCACACAUUGAAUGAGGCAGCUGGGAAUAUAGCGCGAAUGUGUCAGUAGUCAUCGGAGGCACGGUCCAGUGUUUGAAACGAUUUUUUUUUUAAAAUAUAUAUUCUUGACAAUACAAUAGUAUUGUUAUUGUAAUCGAGACAGACUAUUUAUUUAUAUCUGGUGCUGUAUAAGCACACCGACGAAGCUUUCUUAAGUUUUGAAAAUGGGGGAUCAAAAGGAGAAUAUAAACUAUCAAGAUGAAAACCAACCAAAACAUAAUGUUCAGGAGAAACGUGACACAGCUGCUCAAGAUAAACAAUGCUGCACACCUGAUGAGAAGGAGAAACCCCACUCUGCUUCCAAUAAAAGUGAAUUCAGUGAUCCUGUUUACAAAGAGAUAGCUCUUGCAAAUGGCCACAUCAACAGGAUGAGUAAAAUUGAGCUCAGCGCCAAGCUUGCAGAGUUAAAACUUGAAACCAGGGGUGUGAAAGAUGUGUUAAAGAAGAGGCUCAAAAGUUAUUACAAGAAGCAGAAACUGAUGCAGACGGUGCAGACUGAGAGCAUCAGCAAUGACACCUAUUACAAGUACAUCUGUGUUGUGGAUUUUGAAGCCACGUGCGAGGAAAGCAAUCCACCAGGCUACCUCCAUGAGAUCAUUGAGUUCCCUGUGGUCCUCGUCAACACACACACACUGGAGAUUGAAGAUUCAUUUCAGGAAUAUGUGAAGCCAGAAGUUAACAGCCAGCUUUCUGAUUUCUGUGUCCAACUUACUGGAAUCACACAGGAAACUGUUGAUAAGGCUGAUACCUUUCCUAAUGUGCUUCAGAAGGUAGUGGAUUGGCUUAAAGAAAAGGAGCUAGGAACAAAGCAUAAAUAUGCAGUGCUGACAGAUGGAUCCUGGGAUAUGAGUAAAUUCUUAAACAUUCAGUGCCAUAUAAGCCAUAUCCGGUAUCCUCAGUUUGCCAAGAAAUGGAUAAAUAUACGCAAAGCCUACGGGAACUUUUACAAGGUACCCAGAACCCAAACCAAGCUGACGACCAUGCUGGGGAACCUUGGGAUGAAGUAUGACGGCCGGCCUCAUUGCGGGCUGGAUGACUCGCGGAACAUCGCCCGGAUCGCCAUGCGCAUGCUGCAGGACGGCUGCGUGCUACGUGUCAACGAGAGGAUGCAUGCCGGCCAGCUGAUGAGUGUGUCUAGCAAAGCACCUGUAGAGGGUGCUCCUCCGCCACACUGUCCCCAUUCCAGGAACUAACAAACCAAUUUAGACAAACUGCUUUUCAGGGACAAGACCGUGAGGCCUUAGUGUACAUGAUGGUUUUUAACAGAAUUGACUGAAAGGGAACCUCGUGGCUGGAAAAUUGGUGUACUGUCUGAUCACCAUGUUGGCUGCCUUUUAAACAAAUAGAGUUGCUUUUAAAUUUCCAGUUAUCAAUUUAAAAGAAAUUCACGCUCUAUAUAAGCAGGUAACAAACAAAAAAUGUAUUUAAGCUUUGCUAAAGUAAGAGCUAUUGGUGCUUGAGGUGAGCUUCUUGUUUUGCCUUUUGGAAUGUACUUGCGCCCCAUAGAAACAUGGGUGUUUCUGUUAUAAGGGUCAUUUCUUGUCCUGUCAUCCUAACUGGCCCCAUUCUACUGCUGUAAUUCACUGUUAACAUUGUUUUGUGGGUAGACUUUGUCCAGGGAACGUAGGUCCUAAUGUUUGCUCUUCUAUGUGAAGUUUGAUCUUUUAACUCCCACAAACCACACUGGAUCUCACUUUGAUGACCCAAUAUCAAGUACUGAACUGUAAAGAAAACAGCCAUGUUUCUGAAGUGUUACAGUGUUGGUACAUAGCAACCCCACUUUGGAAAGAAAUUCAUAAAAAAAAUUCUCAAAUCUUUGCCUUACUUAAAAAUACAUCAUUUAUUUUUUUGUUGCAAAGAUUAGUGCAAGGUAACCAUAUGUUACAUUGCGUCAAGUAAACUGGCCUUUACAUUACAUGGUUCAGUUUUUAAUUAGAAUAAAUAUUGAGAUGAGUUUAUAUUUUUGUUGCCAUAUGUAUUUUUCUCUUACAAUAUGAUAUUUAUCCAGGAUACUGGAAAUAAAUAAAAAUGAUCUUCGAAUGAAUUGGUUGUUUUGAAUAA